CUAAACAUAAUGUUGCAUUGAAGACUAGUUGGAAACGCACGGUUGUGUAUUUGUGUAUUAUCCCGCCAUUGUGACGUCAUUUUUAAAAAGAAGUGCUAACGUUGAGGUGGCAAAUGCGCGUGUGUCCGUGUUUUGUGUAGUGUGUGCGUGUAUAUUAAUUUUCGAUAUUAUUUUUAAAUAGUUUAAUUGAUAAUUAAUGCUUCGAAAUGUUGUGAGUUUAUAAAAUUAUCGUUGCGACGACCAUUUCGCGCGGUUAUCAUACAUUUUGAUUCGAGUUAUUGGAGUUCGUUUAGAGUUUGGUUUCGUUGUAUUAUGGUGGUUUUCGGUUAAUAUACGCUUGAUGCAUGGUUCAAUUUUUGUUACACGUGUAAUGUAAACGAAAAUAGUUCCAAAUGAGGUUUUCGGACAAAAAUGGUUAGGGAGACUCGUCAUCUUUGGGUCGGAAAUUUACCGGAAAAUAUUCGAGAAGAUAGACUUCGGGAACUAUUUAAACGGCAUGGAAGAGUGCAAAGCGUCAAGAUAUUCUCUCGCAAAGGCGGUGGCGAAUGCGAAGGUAACGCGUUGGUCGGAUGCGGCCCGACCGGUAUCUGCGCAACGGUCAGCUUCAUGGAUAUUAAAUCCGCAACGAAAGCGCUCAACAACGAAAUUACAUUAGACGAGUAUACGCUCACCACCGAGUACUACGAACCACCGGCGGCUAUUCCUUCGGUGCCGCCAGCAUCAGCUGUACCACCUUCUGUUUCUGCGGGAGGUUCUCCUGUAACGCAGGCGACACCACCUUCGCUACGACACCCGCCACCCUACUCGUCGCCCAGGUUUACUCAUGGGCCGAGCGAAGAAAUUACCACCUUCGAUAGAUCUAGUCAUUUUUACGAACGUCGAGAUGGUACUGAAAAUUAUGUUAGAAGACCUCCAUCAGCUUACCACGUAGUUAGUCCUUCCGAUUCAUUAAGAGGUAGAACUCGCGAAAGGGAUAGGUUGUACAGAAACGGCCCUUCACAUUACACUCCGAUUUUAGAUAGCGUUGUUGCAAGAACUCCUUCCACUCAUCACAGGACGGUUACAACGACCAGUUGGAAUUCUUAUGAAGGUACCAAUUGUUCGAGGUAUUCGUCGUCUGUCGUGAGCACGCCGGAAAUUUUAUCGUACCAAGAAGAGCGGAGGGAAAGCACUCCAGUCAUCAUAGUGCAUAAGAAACAUCCAAAAUCACGGAGAAAAUGUAGAGUCAUGCGAAGGCGCGGAUCGAACGGCAGCGAAAGCGUAUCCAAUAAUUCUGAUUCAAGUAGAUCUCGAUCUCAUUCUAGUAGCAGUUCAAGUCACUCUCGUAGUUCUUCUUCUAGUUCAGAUUCUUCAAGCGCGGCAAUUUCCGAAAGAUCUUGUUCUACGCACAGUCAUCAUGGUAGUCUUAAAAGUACAGUCACUGUUCAUUCCACUAUAUCUACGCCGUUAACAAAUUGUAGUCCUGUUGUGCAUACUGAUGAUAGAAGACCUCUUGCAAUUUGUGUCAGAAAUUUGCCAGCAAGAUCCAGUGAUUCCAGCCUAAAAGAUGGAUUAUACCACGAGUACAAGAAACAUGGGAAAGUAACAUCUGUGAAAGUCCUAGGCCAGGGUGCGAAUCGAUAUGCCAUCGUUUGUUUUAAAAAAGCAGACGAUGUGGAGAAAGCGUUGCAAGUUUCGCACGAUAAACUGUUUUUUGGUUCUAAAAUCGAAGUCACCAUAUAUCAUGGAUAUGAUGUUGAAGAUAAUGAUUUUAGACCUAUCGAAGCAGAGCUGGAUGAAUAUCAUCCAAAAGCAACGCGAACGUUAUUUAUAGGAAAUCUUGAAAAAGAUGUAUCUGUUAAUGAUCUCCGUAAUACGUUUCAAAAAUUUGGCGAAAUUAUUGAUAUUGAUUUAAAGAAACAAGGUGUUACAAGUUGUUACGCAUUUUGCCAAUACUGUGAUAUUAGUAGUGUAGUUAAGGCUAUGCAUGCGAUGGAUGGAGAAUAUUUUGGAAGCAACAAAAUUAAUUUGGGGUAUGGAAAAUCGCUAGCAACCAAUUGUUUGUGGGUGGCAGGCGUUGCAGACUGUGUUACCGAAAAACAAUUAAGUGGGUCUUUCAGCCAGUUUGGUCAUGUGACGCAUGUAGAUAUAGACAGAUCUCAAGGAAAAGCUUUAGUGUUUUUUCAACAAAUAACCCAUGCACAAGCAGCGUUGAGUCAAAUGAGAGGGUAUGUGCUUAAGAACAGAAGAUUAAUGGCAGAUUAUGCAUCUCGAGAAUGCCAAGAGAAUUUUUAUGAUAAUUAUGAAAAAUCAAAAUCCGUUAUAUCAGCCUACGAAAAUAACUGCCAAGAUUCUCCUCGAAGUACGGGUAGUACACGUGGCUUAGAUACACCAGCGUCUUCGACGAGUAGCAACGGCGGUGGCGGUGGUGGCAACAGUAAUACAACCAGUAAAACCAUACUGAAUACGAGUAGUAGUAAUACGAACAACAGCAGUAGCGAUAAAUUACAUCCUCGAUACCAACACACAACACCAACAUUACGUACAACUCCUACUCAUCAAACAGUUCAACAAACGCCGUCCAGUAAUAGUGCUUCACCUAUUGUAAACAAUACUCCGUCACCAUCACCAUCAACAUCUUCUAGAUCAACGCCACGUCCUCAACAAACUAGUCGUUUCGAUUACAGCAAUACCGAAUGUUCUUCCGAAAGACGGAUAUCGAGAAGUUUGGAAGAUUUGAAUAUUAAUAUCGAGAGUAAUACCACCAGCAGCAGCGAGAAAGCGCCGCCGACGACGCCGAAUCCGCAGGACGACGUGACGCUACAAAAAGAACGCGUUUCGUUGCUGGAACAGUUGAACGACUAUUCCAGCUCGGAAGACGACGACGAUGAAGAAGAACUUUCGUCGACGAAACAGCAAAGCUCGAUACGACAGCAUCGUAGCACUAGUCGCGAAGAGAGUAGACCGGGUACGCCGUUAUGCGACGAACGGCCGGAGAACAUAUUGGCUCAUUACGAGAGCCGUCGAGCAGCCAAAGAGAAAAACACUAGCAAUACUCCGUUGUCUUUACCAUUACCUUCGUUCGCUAAUAAAGUUCCUCGUUCCUCUUCCCCUUCGGAUCGUUCUUCGAAGUCACCGCACCAAAGUAAACCGCACCAUGUUUCCCGUCCGCCGCCGCCUUUUGAAAGCAGCAGUAACAGCAACGUAACCAGAACGUUGUCAUCGUCGUCGACGUCGUCGUACACCAGACGAUCGCCUUCGCCGCACGCAAAAGAAAAGCCCAGCAUAUUAGAUUCGAAACUGAGCAACAUCACGUCGUUCGAUUCGUUGACCGAAACGUUAAAAGCGCCGUGGAUCGAACAGCUCAAAUCGCUGGACGAAAAAUACGAAAAAUGGCACGGCACUCGGUGCAAAGUGAUGUCCGGUAAGCUGGACACGUCCGCGAUCCAAGUCAAACACAAGCUGCUGGACGUUAAUUCGAUCGGUCGUCAAAGAUCGGAAAUCUGUCAAACGGUGCUGUCUCGUAAAAGUGUUUUCGACGACCAUUUCAAACGUCUGGAAACCAUAACCGAUCAAACGCCGCCGACGGAGUUCCCUUCGCCGCGGGUCACCAUUAAUAAUACGGUCCGAUCUCAUAAUACGUUAAUCACGAGUAUCAGUAAUUUACCUAGUAACGUAUGUUCCAAACCAUCGACCGUGAAUAAUGUAGCGGUAGCGUCAACGUCGUCCGCAUCUUCCAGCACACCGACUUCGUCGUCAUCAACAUCCUCGUCGUCGUCUUCGUCAUCGUCGUCUGUAAUCAAAGGCCUGCAGUAUCCGUUUCCGUCGCAUCCGCCUCCGGUAAAGAGUACCGCAACGACGACGACGACGCCAACAACGCCCAAACCACUCUUGCUGAAUAAUUUCAACGCGUCGUCCAAUUCCACCGCCGUCUCCGGUAAACAGUCAGAUAUCAACAGUAUUAGUCCGCCCACGAGCGCACCUCUACCAUCACCUCACGGUAGUAGUAGUAGCAGCAGCACGCGUACCAACGCGAUAUUGAGGAACAACUCGGUUGAGAAGUUAACUGAAUUACCAAAAAAUCCAUUGCCUAUUACUAGUCGUGAAACGUUGAGUAGGCUGGAACCGGUCGCAGCUAUCGAUAAAAAAGACAUCGUCAGUCCGGUGAAUUCGCGUCGUGGCAGUAUCGAAAGCAUCGGCAGGAAGUCAACCGAUGAUAUGAACGAAUUGAUCAACGAACGCGUCUCCGCCACCGCCGCUGUCAAAGACAAAUACAACUGUAAAUCUACCACUCAUGACCAGAGUGGCGAUAAACCAAACAAAAUCGUUAAUCACGAAACAAAACCGAAAUUUAACAAUUGCUCGUACGAAAGUAAAUCUACCACGUCGAACGAGAAAGAAAACAGCGUAUUGGAUAAAAGAAAAAAUUCCGUUGAUAGAACCAUUGUCACGUCCACCGUCACUACAACCACGAUUACGGCUACCAUCGCCGUCACGUCGACCAUCUCCACCAGUACCUUGUCCUGCGCCAGCACCACCGUCGCAGUAGCCUCAGUUGCCUCGACUUCGGCGUCUGCAACGUCGCCUGAAAGUUGUAACACAGUUUCCGUCAUUUUCCACACGUCGCAACGCGACAAGCUGAGUAAAAGCUUGGAAGAUGUUUCGGAAAUCGAUAAACCAAGCACGCAUAGACGUUCAUCGAUCGAAGUCCACAAAGAAGAACGUGUGACCAACGAAAAGAUCGAUGAAAAAGUAGUACCCAAAAAAGAAAUAGUCAAUAACAUCCAUAAGAAAAUCGAUAAAUCCGAAGUCUUGUCUAAAAAGCCAACGAAUUUCGCCAACUCUUCCAAAGAGCUCGACGUUAUGAAACGCGAUAAAAAAGAAAUGGUCAAUCAUUGCGAUAAAAUCGGCACCGAUGAUAAAAAAUCCAAAGUAGUCUCGUACAACCACGUUAACAGCGAAGACGAAGACAGAAAGAAAGAUACCAAAAUCGAAAAGAAAGAAGAUAAACGAAUUCCCCCACCACUGAAGGAUGUCAAAAACGAAAGCGCCGAAGAUAAAGACCCGCUCGAAAUAAAAAUGGCCGAAAUUGACGAAGACGAUGACGAUUCCAACGAUAUCGACGAUAACAAAACAACGCUGGUGAAAAAUAAAAUCAUCGAAACGGUAUUUAACGUGAAACACGAGAAAAAGAAAUCUGUGUCCGACGGUAAAGACGAGGAAGUUAAACCUCCUAAAGAGAAGAAAAAGUCGGUCAGCGAUAAAAGCAGCCAUUCGUCCAAAGAGAAGAUCAACAAGAAAGAAGAUAAAUCGAAAAAAGAGUGUAUAAAAACGAAAGAAUUCAACAUGUUCGAAAAUAAAUCCCUAGAAAAGAAAAAGAACCAUUUUUUAUCCGAAAGGCGGAAAUCGAACGAUUUGGAAGGUAGAGAAACGGAAAAGUCGUCCGGUAAACAUAAAGAAAACGAACAAAUCAUCGACAAAUCCAAGUCUGAGAAGAAGAACAAACACGAGACCAAGCAACAUAAGGACGAAAAAUCGCGUAAAUGCGAAGAGAAAAGAGAAUCAUCCGACGUGGUGAAAGUCGAAGAAAAACUUAAUAAAUUCGAAGAGAAAUUAGAAAAGAAAACCGAAAAUGUGUUCAAUAAGACUGAAAGCAGUUGCACUAACAGUAGCAACAGCAUCAACAGCAGUAGCUGUAGUAAGAAAGAAACGCCGAAAAUUCUCGUCGAAUCGACUGCGACCACGACAACGUCAACGUCGACUUCGACUUCGACUUCGAUAAAAGAGAAAGAAAAAGAAAAAGAAAAGCGAAAAGAGAAGUUGGUAGGUCAACCUGAAAAUGGUAAAAUCAAACACGACUACCAUAAGAAGUACAGUAAAGAACACGAAAAUAAUAAAAAGCAUAGCAGCGAAAAAGAAACGUCGAAAUCUGAUACUCUCGAGUUAGAAAAAAUCGAUUUGAAAUCCGCCAACACAUCUAGUAAUUUUUAUAAAAACAAACUCACUCAUGAAUCCGUCAGUCGUAAAGAAAUCGAAAGAAAGAACUCGUCCAGUAGCAGUUCGUUAUCCGACUCUGUGCAUAGUAAGAGUAAAAGCUCGUACGAUAGCGUCGAAAGUAAUAACGACGAUAAACGUCACGAUACGCCAUCUGAUCACGUGUCCAAACGAAGUAGUAGCGAGAAACACAAGAACAACAGUAUCAGCGAUAGUAUGAAAGAUGAAAAGAGAAGCGAACGUAAGAAAUCGGAAAAAUCUGGUUUGUCGAGCAAACGCAAGAAAUCCAAGAAACGUAAAACACCCAGCGACAGUAGCAGCGAUAGCGAUUUCGAAAGUUACGACGAAAGCAAAUCGAACAAGAAGAAUCAUUCGAUUUUCGAAGUGGUUCUCGACGAGCCUGCUUAUAUUUCGAUGUACGAUAAAGUGAAAGCUCGCUCGACGAAAAAUCUACAAAAACAAGAAGAAGAAAAACGUCAAGAAAAACUGAAAGAGAAAUUCAAUCAGUUGAAACAGUCACGAGUAAAACGCGAAGAGAAGAAACGUUCGACGUCGUACGACGACGAUACCGAUCAUGAACCAACGAUCAGAAAAGGCAACAAACUGAUGCUGGAUAGUUCUGACGAAGAGCAUUCCAGUAACGACAAAAUGAACAAAAUCAAUCUGCACGGCGUUACCGAUUCGUCUGACGAUGAUAAAAAGAAGCCUAGCGAUGACGAUGAUGCGACCAAGUUCGUAAAAUCCAUCUCGCGAUCGAUUAACGGUAAAAAUAAGGAAAAAUCGAAGCUGACGCAAACCGAUUCGUCAGACGAAGAAGUGAAAAACAAACAGAAAAAAGACCAACUUUUCUUAUUGUCGAGUACCGAGCACAAACGCAAAUUCAAAAAAGGUAUGUCGAAUAAGAAACGUCCUUCUAGUCACAAAAUCGAAAAUAAAAAGAAAAUCGAGUCUGAUUCCGAUGACGAGCGUAAAAAAGAAUAUUUUUCCGCGAACAAACAAAAAUAUUCCGACUUAUCCGACGACGAUAUUCCAAAACCGCCUAAGAAGAUUUUCGACAAAAAAUCGUCAAGAAAGCUGCAUACUGCGGACUUCGUCAAAAAGAAACCUAAAAGCGAACUGAAAAUGAUGAUUGAAAGCGGUGAAUUGGAAAAGAAAAACGCUUUUAUCCCCAUGGACGACGAUCUGAAAAGGAAAUCUCUCAUGUCGGAUGUUUCCGAAGAUGAGGACUACACCAAGUUAAAUGAAUCUGAUCACAAACCGCAAAUAAUCGACAAAAAUCGCGUAAAACUCGAGAAAAUCUUUACCGACACGUCGGAAAACGAAAGCAUCACAUCGUAUCGUUUUCCAAAAUCGAAGACGUGCGCUAUUUAUUCAGACGACAGUGAACCAGAGCCGAAACCUAAAGACAAAGCUGACGAUUUAUUCUUCAAUUUGGCUGAACUUCAUCACGACUUUACAAAAUCAGAGAAUUCUUCGCCUCCGCCAUUAAUCGAUCCGAUGGUUUACGACGUAGGCGAUUUUCAAAAGAAGAAAUCACACAAGAAGAAGCAAAAACGUCAGAAAAGUCGCGAACAUUCUAUGGAUCGGGCUAAACGUCAUUCGAAAAAAGAGCGUCGAAAGUCCAUUCAUAGCGAUGUCGGUGAAGAAGAUAAGGAACAUAAACUGAAACAGAAGAAGAAAAAGAAAAGCCGCAACAAAGUAAAAAGUAUCGAAAAUCUCGAAGAAGAUAUCUUCGGUUCAAUGUCGGACGAUUCGGAAAAGGCGGAUGCGCGAAAAUUGUCCAAAUUGAGUGUAUCCGACGUCUACGAUGCCGACUCCGAUUCCAGCAACAAAGAUACUCGCGAAGAUGAAAUUCACGAGAACGCGAAACCCGACGUUGAAACUAAACUGCUGAAUUCAGUCGAAAAUACCAACAGUUACGAUAACUACUUCGAGCAUAUCAAGUCGAAGAAGAAGAAACGUAAGAAAUCCAAAGAAGAAAAAUCCAAACACCACCAUCAUCAUCAUCACCAUCAUCACAAUCAUCAUCAUACGAAACACGAAGACGUUCCGCCGGCUCUCUCGUUACCGUGCCUAAUCGAGCCGCGUAGUUUGGAAAUCGGCAAAGAAGAUAAUAAAGAAGAGGACGACGACAAGGCGGACGACCGUCACGAUGAAAUCGUCGACAUAGUUACCAACUCGAUCGCCGAAAGUCAUCACGAAAAAUUGCAGAAAAAAGACACCGAAGUUCCUAACGUUGAAAUGAAAAACGUUUUCGCUCCGCUACCAUCGUUGGACGAAAAUGUGCACGAAAAAGCAGUCAAGAGUAUAUCAAACGACGAUACCAAAGACGAAGCUCACGAUCGUGCUAUCAAAAGCAUCGCCUCCACCGCCGUUGUUGAUACCAAUGUUCACGAACGUGCGGUUCUCAGCAUUUUCAACUCGCUGACCGACAUUGCUGUUGAAGUUAAAGAACCGACACGCAUCGAAGAACCGAAAAUCACGCCGCCCGUUGUAGAUGAUAAAACCGGCAUUACCAUUUCGCAAGAAGAGACCGAAGAUGCGGUCGCUGCUAUUCUUGGCGAAUCGCCGGAAUUUGGAUUUGACGACGAAUGUUACCCCGACGAUGCGAUGAAGCCCGGUACUCCCGGCUCUGAACCCGAUUUACAAAUCGAUACUGAUACCGAAGACGUGAAAUCGGAUAUUGAUAAUUCGUUUGAUAUAUCCGAACCGUUGAGCCUAGAAACCACCAUAGAAAAGCUCGACGCUAACAUCAAAGCUGAUAAUGACGAGCUUGAAGCGAAAGAGUCCAGUAAUACGGAUAAGUCGUCGAGUGGCGACGAAAUCAGCUCGAUGAUUGUCGAUGAAAAAGAACCAGUAAUUGAAAAACCACCUGAAAAAGUCGACUCGCUGAUUCCCAAACCAGUGAUCGACUUACUGAAAAGUGUCGUCGAGCCGGUCAUUCCAGCGAAUAAACUGAACGAUAUUUCCAAACUCGCGUCGGACGAGGUCCUGAAAAAACCUCACGCUUCCGAUUUCGUCAAAUCUAAAACUCCCGAACCGAGAAAAGAAAGUUCCAGCUUCAUCGUUGUCAACUCGCAUUACGAAAAAAUCAGCGAGAAAGUGACCGACGACAAACUUACACCGACAUUGCCGCCAAAAGUAACUAUACCACCGGAGAGUGUAACGCCACCCGCACGUGAAUCCGAUGAAAUGAUCAAAGAUAAGCCUCGCAAUGAAGAGUUGACGCCGAAAAAAGUAACACCACCAUUACCGCCGCCAAUUGAAUCUCCAUCGAGUAGCGAUAGCGUCAAGAACGAUCACGUUGUUGAACGCAGUCAUAACAACAACAAGACAACAGAACGUUUAGUUUUCAACAAUUUUUCAUCGAAGAAACCUCGACCAGAGAUUGAUAAUCCGCUGUAUGCGUCUUGUAAACCUAACAACAUAAUGCACGUGGACGAUCACCAGAAAUUGAACGCUAAAUCCAGAUCACAUUCGGUACUCAAAAGCUUGUCAUCGAUUCACGAACACGAUAAACCCGCUGACACUGUCGAAGUUGUCAAAAAGAAUAAAGAACGUAAGCGUUCGUUCAUCGAAUGCAAUGGACCGACGUCAAUCGAACCUGAAACGACUAAAUUCUCCGAAAAUACGGUCAUCAAAAUCGAACCUAAUCCUGAACCCGAGCCUGUUGGUAAAAAUAACGUCGCGGAAGAAAGCAGUAAAGUCGAUGUCUCACCACGAUCGGUCAGUCCAUCUUCGAUCGACCUUCCAACUGCUGAUGUGCCGGUGAAACCCGAAACCAGUACUUCACCGGUACCAAAAGAAGACUCAUCUACUUCUGAGAAUGAUCACACGUAUAAUUCUGUGGUGAAGAAUGCUGUGGUGAAAGCCGAGCAACUACCUGAAGAUGAACCAAAACCCGAAAGACUUUCUCCCCAGACGGUAAUUUGCGAAGCUGUUGCUGAAAAAUCAAUCGAAGAUGUACCAGCGGUCGAAAAAGAUACCAAAGACGAUUCCGAUCAAAGUAAAGAAAAAGGCGAACCAGAUGCUUUGAAACAGCUUCAGAUCCCGACCGCUAACGAAAAGUUACUCGACUCGGUGGACGACGGCGUUAAAAGCACGGCCGAAUGUAACGAAGCCAAUAAAGAAAAUAUCGUCAAAACUAUCGUGAACCAAGAUAACUUCGUCGAAGGCAACGACGAUUCCAAGCUGAACGUUAUAGUCAGAAACAAGGAACGCGACAUUAAAGAAAUUGCGAGAAGCGUCGAAGAAGAAAUUUUCCGAAGUGUUCCGAACGAGCUAUCGAAAUGUAAUCAUCGAAUGCCGGAAAAUAAUCGCAAUAUCUUGGAAAAAGUCGUGCAGCGGAUUCACGAAUCUAAACGAAUCACGCAGAAGGUCGAAGAUCCGCAGAAUGCCGAAUUGACUCGUAUAAAUUUGACCGAUAAAACCGAAGAUGAAAUCACUUCUGCUAAAAUCUUACUGAAAAUGUCCGAAUCCAGCGUCAUCAAGAAUAAAGUCUCAGAUUACAACUGCGUGAUUAAAAUACACGAUAAUCCAAUCGUCGAAACCGAAGUCGAAUGUAAAUGUGAUGGUGUCAAAGAUCUGAUGCCGAAUACUGGCGGCAAGAAAAACGAAGCUUUAUCCCCGAGCGUUGCCGAGCCGGAAGUGAAUGAAGAUAUGUCAGAAUCUGCUGAUGAUGCUGUCGCAGGUACGAAACUAAACGACCAUUCGUAUAAUGCUAAACGUGGCCGUAGACGAAAAGCAAGCGCACCCGGAGGAGUUGUAACCCGUCGUGGUAAACAAAACAAUGUCAUUACCAAAGAAACUGAAUCCAAAAGCUCAUUCAAACUCAAAAAACCCACCGACGUAUACGAAUUCAAAGAGGACUCUGAAGAAGAAGUGAAACGACCGAGAUUGAUUUUAACAAUUAAAAGCCCAGUCGAACCUAGUCAGCCAGCUCCAACGACUCCUCCAACUCCUCCUGUGACGACUGUAGCGACGACCACCCCGUCCAAAGAAACCUCGCCUCCGCCGAACGAAGUUAAACCAUCGAAUAGCAAUGAGACGACACCAACGGGAGUCAAAUCAGCGUCUUCUGCUAAUACUCGUAAAUCGAGACGAUUACUGGAGAAAGAAGGCGGAUCGCGUAACACGGUCGACGACACUAUCGACGAGGUGAUCAAAAGCACCGCCAAUAAUCAACGGCCCACUAGAAGAACCACUAGAAUUGCCGCGGCUGCGGCGGCGGCCAUCAUUACAACGGUACACGAAUCAGCUCGUAAGAAUUCUCGCGCAAAUCGAAAACCUACUUCGAAACAAGAAACCGCUGUUCAAUCGGAGACUACGAAUACACCUGCGGCUGCCGAAGAAAAAGACGAUUUUCCCAGCAGUCCAGCGAUUCCGGCCAGACUACCAUCGCCGGUUACUACUCCCGAUUCUCCGGCAUCGUCCAAGACAACGUCUUCCGAACCAACCACGUUGAUCGAUCCAGUCAGCGGAAUACUGAUGCCGAUGAAAGAAUCCGAUGAAGGACAGUAUGUACCUGUUCUGACGGAAUUAACUCAAUCACAAAAACCAUCGCAGCAAGAAGACGACUCUCCACCGGAAAAGAAACCUCGCCUGGACGACAGUCUGAUCGAAGAAUCGGCUUUGGCAUUAGUGAAAAAUACUGCCGAACCUGUGAUCGUUCCGAAAUUAGUUACCAAACCUGCAGUGUCUCCGAAAGCACCCGAAACUGUAGCAGUGACGACGAGUGUUAUUGCAUCUGUAACUGCUACCAGUUCGGCGGCUUGUGUACCAUUGCCUUCGACGGCUGCAACCGAUAAUGUGGUGAUUCCGGCAGCGCAUUCGGCUUCAGUACCGCACGUCAACGUUGAUAACGAACCUAUCAGUUUGAUAAAAACCAGCACACCGCCCAUAAUACCUGUGGCAGCUUCGAUGAAAUCACAUACUCCUCCGUUGGCUUACAAUCAGCCGUCGUUUCCUCCUGUGGUGUAUUCUCAAAAUCAACCCGUUACUAAACUGCUCACGUCGAAAACCGUUACUCCACAGCCUCGUGUACUGACGCCGAUCACGCCUAAAGCUCAUAUUAUGCAAUCAUUGAAUUUGGAAAACGAUACACACUCGAACGACGAAGUACCUUAUCCGCCGCAAUAUACUAGUCCACUAUUACACGGCACUGUCGCUAGUCCUCCACUGGGUUCGCCGAAGAUAUCUCCGCAACCGAUCGUUAGCGGAGCGAGUAACACGAGGGUGGCUCACCCGCUUAAGAACAUGGUGCCUUUGGAACCGUUGAGAAUCGAUCCUCCAUCUGGGUAUUUCUAUAUGCCUAAUACAUCGCCAUCAUCUAGACCAGCUGUACCGGUUCAGAGUCCAUCGCCGCAACCGAGAGUCGUUCAUUCGACGUCAACCAUGGGUUCUAAUAUAUUGCCACAUUCGGCUGUGCAGUCUUCGCAUUACGUUCAUCCGCAGUUCAUGUAUCAACCAUACAUACCGGAAUCGUCCUUGACUCCUUACCAUAUUCCACCAUCGGCAUCGUCGGCUGCUGCUACAGUGAUCGGAUCGGCGAAAGGUAUACCAGAUCGUGAGAUAAUAGACAGCAGGCAACCGCCUCAACCAGCGGAGCAGCAGGCGCAGCAGGUGGUGACCAAUACAUCCAGCAUGACUCCUAGUCCACCUCUGGAGCUACGCAAGAAGAGCUCGCCGCAUAAUCGACUGAGCGAUUCGCCGUUGAUUACGAGCCCGUACGUGCAAAGCAACCGGAGCUUUUUCUACGACGAACCGAUUCAGGCGCAUAGGCCGUUACCAGCGCCGGCCAGAAUUCGCGUCUCGACGCCACCUUAUGCCAGCAAAGUACCUCAACAGAGCGGCGGCGAGCCGGUCGACAUGUACGUGUCGGCUCAGUCCAGAGUCAACUUGGAUACUUCACGAUAUACGUCGCACGAUGACGCUAUCGAUAACGAAACACCGCCACCGAGACAGUUCAUCGAUGCGUCUUACGGUAGCCAUCGUCCGACUCGAAAUAUUUUACCACCGCCUGAAACGGAGUUGGAUUAUUCGCGUGGACGUGUUGUACGGUUACGAGGAGAUGACGAUAUCGUCGCUUCGCGUGAUUCAUCUCCGUCGCAGAUGGAUUCGCCUCCGUUGGGUGAUUCGCCUCCGCAAGGAAAUCUAGAUGGAACUGUCUUAGUGCAAAUGUAUCCUAUCAUAUGGCAAGGCUUACUGGCGCUGAAGAACGAUCAAGCAGCGGUUCAGAUGCACGUCGUUAGUGGUAAUACAUCGGUCGCCUACGACGCUUUACCAACGUUACAAGAUGGUUUCCAACCAUUGCUGAGAAUCGCUCAACGAAUGAGAUUAGAACAACCUCAGCUCGAACAAGUUAAUAGAAAGAUGGAGAUUAGAGACGAACAUUGCACGAUAUUGGGCCUGCCUUGCGGAAGAAAUCAAGAAGAUGUCGUACAACAAGCUACCAAUUUGGAAUCUUACAUCAUUCCUUAUCUGAGACAGAAAAAGGCUGCCGGAAUCAUCAACGUAGCCGCUCCCGGCACACAACAGGCUGCUUUCGUGGUCCAUGUGUUUCCGCCUUGUGAAUUCGCCGACAACGUUUUAUUGAACGCGGCUCCGGAUCUCUAUCGUCGUGUACAAGAAACCGCAUACCUAGUUUGUAUUAUCGUGACUGUUUGAAAAAAUGACGACGAAAAAUUUCUCGAUUUUACCUAUCGCAUCUAUUGCUACCUACCUCUCCUAUACCUAUUUAAAGACACCGUGGCGUUUGUCACUAUUCACGGACGUUAGCUUAUACAAUGUAAUGAAAAAAUCGAAUUUAAAAAAAAUGUAUCGAUAUGACGGGAAAACGAAUACUUUGCUUCGAAGAACGUAUCACCUUGUUUUGAAUAACUUCUCUUAACUACGAAUUCUUCCAAAAAAAUUGUUUUUUUUUUCUUUUGUUUCUUUAAAAAAUUGAUCUCAUGUAAUAAUUUGUUAUUUAUUUCUGUGACGGACUUGUUAAAAUUGUGUAAUUUACUUAUGUAAUGUAUAUAAUAUGGACUUUGAAGUGUUUGUUUCUUCUAAUGUAUUAUAACUGAAUGUUUCUUUUUUUUAAACUAUCCUUUUUCGCAUAGUAUCAUUAAAAUCACACGCAUCUGUGUAUCUAAACGUUGGAAAAUUUUCUUUAUAACGGGAAACUCGUUUUGUUUUUUUUUGAAAUGCUCAAUUUUAUCGAUACGUUGUUGAACUGUGUAUUAUGAUUUAUUAUCGUAAUGCAUUGUAUCACGAUGAAAUGACAAUCAUAUAAUAUUGAAUUACGUAUAAUAUUUUAAUCGUCCACUGUAACGUGCUUUUGUUUCAUUCAAUAUGAGAUUUUUUCCUUUUUUUUUCGCGUUUACCCUUAAUUAUAUAUUUUUUGAAUUCUUCGGUAUAUCGGUAUCAUAUACAUAAGUACGUGAAUAUUGUAAAAUAUCGAAUAAUUAACGUGCACAAAUCGAAUAUUUUUAGCUAUUCGCGUUAUCUGUAAAUUUACAGAUUUCGCCAUUAGCCGACGAUAAUUCGAGGAUUAAUGAUAUUGUUGACUUUUGAAAGUUACUGGUUUUAAGAAUUUUUGUAAACAGUUGAAGCGAACAUAGUGAACAACUGAUACUUUGUUAAUGUGAACGAAAGGAAAAAAAUUCCAAGAACUACUUAUUGAUAUUUUACAUUAUCAUGUAUGUAUUACGAUCGAAUACCCGAGAAGUUGGUGUUUCUCAUUUGUUUUUUUCUCCCUCCCUCCCCCCUCUCUCACUUAAACCUCAGUACGGAUUGAACCCCGAUUGAAUUUAGCACAAAGUUUUCUCUUCUACAGUUUACAUACAGUAAUAGCAAUAAUAAAUAAUAAUACGGGAAGAUUUUAUUGAAUUAUGAUUUUAUAUUAUUGUAUAUAAUGAAGUUGUAUAGUUUUUUUUUUGUCAAUCUUAGAUGUUUUUCUAUUUGGUUACCAUAUUAUAAAUUUUUUUUCCUCCCGAUAAGUUUUUUUUGUUUUUUUCAAUUUACCUUAAAGAAAGAAUUUGUUUACUAUUUUUUACUAUUAUUUUUUCUAUUUCUAUUUUAUUAUCCAUGCAUAAAAAUAGAGGACGGAAAGAAAAAUACUAAAAAAUUUUUCCAAGAAAAGAAAAUGUUUAAAAUACGUAAUGACUUUGGUAAAAAUAAUCACGUAGAGAAUUUUUGCAUUCGUACAUUCCUUUUUUUGUGUUUCAAUUAAUUUUUUUUAACACGUUUUAUUACUACCUUUUGAACGACGAAACAAUACCAUUUAAGAGAUUCUGUUUAUUCGAAUGUUGUUGAGUACAAAUUAUUGUUAAAUAAUAAUAUAGAAAACCCGCGUUUUUGUUUUUUCUUUUGUUUGUUUGUUCGUUUGUUUGUUUUUUUUCUACUAUUGUACAUAGUAUUUUAAAUUUUGAUUUAAUUUAUGAAAACAGAGAACAUCCUGCGAGUAUUGUGUACAUAUUUAUAAUUUUUUUUUACUUAAUGUUAUGUACAUACUGUAGGUUUUAUGUUAAUUAAUUUUUUUUUCUUUUGUUAAACAAUUGCUCAAACUAUUUAUUUAACAAGUGUUAUUUAAAAAAAAAUGAAGAGAAAAGAAUAUAGCUUCGUAUUUUGUAGCAGAAGAAUGAUACAUUUUUCUCAAAUGCAAAAAUUUUAUGUUUUCCGAACUUCUGAACACGAGCAAACCAGAACCACUACCUUCUCUUAUUUGGCAGCGAUUUUUUUUUACGUUUUUUCCUCGUAUGAUUUUUUUUAGCUUUAUUUAUUUGUUGGAAGUGUUUUCCUGUAAUUGUUUUUUUUUUUUCUUCAGAAGUUCUCCAUUUACUUUAGUCAUUGAAAAUUUAUUUUAGUUGUUUUUUUUACGAGUAAAUAAAAAUAAUGUAAAUAUUUCAGUUUUGGCUGUGAUCUCCGCAUUGCGUUGUAAAUGUUAAUUUUCAAUUGUACAGAUGGUAUAAUGAAAUUAUUAAUAAAUGAAAAAAAUGAAACUAAAAGUGUAUACAUAAUAAUAUAUAUUUGUGUAUUAUACAUAUUACUACAUUAUAAAUAAAAUCAACCAGUGAUUUAAGUUAUUCAUAAAUAAAAUAUAAAAUGUUAGUUAAA